CACACUGUUUUCCCCUCCCAUUCCCCUCCCCAUAAACAAAUAUCUCUAUGUUAUUUUUAAUUUUCUCAGAUUGUGACACCGCUAGGAUCUGGGCCAGUCCAAAGAUGGCUGACAGCAGUAGAAAAGAAAGAAAUUGGACGACCACUGUUAUUAUUAGCUCAUCUCUUAAGAGCUAUGAGAUCUCGACUGCUCUAGAAAAUCGAAGCUACAAGGUUCGGUAUUCAGAAUCAGUGGAAGACGGAUUAGUUAUAUUUUCUCGUUCUGGAGUUGCAUUUCUAUUGAUGGAUGCUAAUGAAUGCAUUAUGUCAGCUGAAGAAAUAUUUCUAAUCAAAAUUGAGAAGUUUAUUAAUCUUCACCGAAAUAGUUUUUUGGUUCUGUCUGCUGCACUCCAUGGGCCUCAAGAAUGGAAGUUGAUGUUUAGGAUUCAGCAGAGAUUCCUGGGAAGUAACUUACGGUUGCUUCCAGUACACAACACAGUAAAUGCUAUUAAUAUUAUGUGCACUAUAGCUAAGACUACCUCUAAACCAAACAUAGACACCAUCUGCUAUAGAAUGAUAACAACUAAAGCUUACAUCAUAGAGCAAAGCCCUGUUUGGAAAACACUUCAAAAGAUAAAACUGAGUAGUGAUUCAGUUAGCCCAAACUAAUUGUUAGUGAUUCAAUUAGCCCAAUUAUAAACAUUUUCUUUUGGGAAAAAUAUUUAAAUUAAGCCUCUUUAUUAUUGUUCAAAUAUGUAGUAAGUUAUGUUUAAAUAUAUGCUUAAAUGUUUAUAUUAAAUAAUAUAUGUACAACCAACUGAUUUGAGGAGUUUUGUCCAGUAAUUCUUUUAAUGUUUAGAAAAUAAUAGAAAAUAAUUGGUACUGAAACUAGGGAAGAUAGCACUUGCCUAGCACAGGCCUGAGGUCACUACUUCCCAACACAGAAAAAUAAAAAAGGGGAAAAGAAAAUAAUUGGUACGCGCAUAUAAAACUCA